AUGUCCCGCUGGCUCGACACUUUUGACGUGGACGCCAGCGAUGUCGGUGAAGUCGGAGCUCCAUUCUCUGACUUUGUCGUUUAUAUGGUCGCGCAUAGCUGGAUUGGUGAUUGCUUCAAGUGUUGGCCGAUGCCAGGUCACUUGAGCUGGCGUUCCAAGGGGCUUAGCCGCUCGCUGACUUGGCUCUCCAUUAUCUGCGCGCGUAUGAAGAGUGGCGCGAAUGGCGUCGUUUUGGUCCAAGCUUCGAGAAUGGACGAGCUGCGCAAAGAGACAUCUACUUGAGUGCGCAGAUGGAACGAUACGGGGCACCAACACUCACGCCCUGCGGCUUCGACCAAGCUGCCGACGUACCCAAAGGAUGA